AUGAGUACUAGACCGCAUACCAGUGAUACGCCCGACACAGGACAGCCGCUCCUCUUUGCUCCUGUCAGCGCAAAUGGACCAGAAGGCUGUACAGGCCUGCCGAAGGCCACAUCCACGCCUACCGUAUCUCAGCCGCAGCCGCAGCGAGAGGUCAUUAUCAUUGAGGACUCCCAAUGCCUUGGUGAUCAGCAGUUGAGCCCAAGUAUCGAAACAGCUGAGCAUCAGAUGUCCCUGGGACAAACACCUUGCGACCGUGUGAGAUCCGAUGUGACUCACCAACCAGCUAACCAGGAGCCUGGCAUCAAGCAAGAAGACGGGCAGGAGCCGUCUUUGUUUUUCUCACCUCACUUGAAUCAUGCCUUUUGGGAGGGGACGUCAUUGGGCAAUCACUUUGACAAGGCAGAGGGAGAAGGCGGUUUCGAGAGCGACACCGAGUCAGCUAUGAGUGACAACGACGAUUCCGACUACGUUGAUGACGAAGCUUCUGAUUCAGAUACAAACGAUCUCUCCACUUCUCGUUCCAAGAAAAGAGAUGAAGCGUCUCGCAAUAUAGAAGCUCGCUUGAAAGAUCUUGAAAACAAGAAAGGUAACAUCGUGUACCUCUCUGAGCAUAUGAGCCUCUCAGAAAAGCUAGAGAAAGAGCUCGAGACCCUUGAAGGCGAGAUAACCAAAUCCAAAGCCGCGCAGGCAGCGCUGAAUGCCCCAAAAAUACACAAACCCAAGCGCCGUCGACCCGUCAAGAACGUCCGGGAAUACUUUGCCCGGAAGCAUGAAGAUGAAGACAAGCGGGCCGCCGAAGACGCCACCAGAAAGCGCAAAGGAAGCGCGAAAGGGGGGGUUCGAAAGAAAAGAAAAACAAAUACAAUCAACGAGAAGGGAGGUGCUCAGAAAAUGAGCAGGAUCUUCGAUAGCAUGAACGGCAUCGAGAGUGUCAUUGCUGAAAACAACGCACCAGUCAUGCCCAAAGGCAAUGCGACGACCCAAAAAGAACUCUUCAGCCAUUACAAGAAGAGUAUCCCAGAAGGCAGCGAUGUUCGGCGCAACAGCACACAGCAGAGAGACCUCAAGGAAGCCUGGAAAAUGUUUGGCCCGAAAACAAUCACUGCUGCAGGCGACCGGUGUCUGAUGAAGGGCAUGCAAUUCGGCCUCUUGGACUACCAGCUCAUGGCUGUUGGCUGGAUGAUGUCUAGAGAAUGUGGGCGAACUCUCCCUUACGGCGGCAUUCUAGCAGAUGCUCCGGGUUUGGGAAAGACUGUUACUAGUCUGGCUGCCAUAAUUGGUAAUCCCCCUGAUAUUGACCCAGACAAAACGUUCUCCAAGGCAACGCUUAUUGUGGUCCCAAACAAAGACAUCGCCGAUCAAUGGCACCAGGAGGUAGAGAAACACUGCCGACCACCUUAUUCGGACUGGGUAUUAAAGUACAGGCCCGGUGGUGGUAUGACUCUAGCGCAAUUGAAAGAACAAUUGAUCAUCAUUACUACCUACCACACCAUCACCAAAGAGCUUCCUAAAAAGCCAGUAAUUGAGCGUCUCAAGGGAGACCAUGACGCCGAUUCGGAAAGUUUCAAAGAGGCGCUGAGGAAGAAAACUGACGGGUUGUUCAGCAUUAAAUUUCGCAGAGUCAUUCUGGAUGAAGCUCAUCAGAUAAAGAACAACGAUACCCGAGUCAAACUUGCCUGCUGUAUGCUCAGCAGCAAGUACCACUGGGCCCUGACUGGUACUCCACUGUCCAAUAAGUUGGAAGAGAUCUUCCCGUACCUCCAAUUCACCGGUUGCAAAUUCACAAAGAGCAUCCAAGAUUUUAGGAAAAAGUACAUUGGGAAUGAUUCAAACAAUGAUAACUUGGAGACGCUUAUCUCGAUGAUCAUGUUGCGACGAACCAACCAAGAUACCUUUCUAGGCCACAAAGUCCUACCUCUUCCCAAGGCCCAUGCCCACGACAUCAAGAUUUCCUUAUCGGUAAAGGAAACAGCAAUCUACAAUGCCAUCGACGAGUACUAUCGGAGAAUCAUCAGAGCUCUAGAAGCAAAAUUGAAAAAAGGAGGCGACCAGUCCCUGAAACAACAGAUCGACAGGGUCAGAUUGGCCCGCCAAGUACGUCUUCGGCAAGUUACGUCCCAUCCGUUCACGAUUGAGAAAAUCAUUCAAGAGAGAUUUCGCGAGGAUGACAUUGUGGGUGUUCAACGUGCACACAACAAAGCCAAGUCGAUCAUCCCGAUCUUGGAGAGCCUAAAAGAUGGUGACAAGGGAUCUCAUGGGCUCAUGCGUUUCAAGGCGGGCAUGUACCAUCUAGAGACCUUGAAAGAUGAUGUCUUUGGUGGAAACUUCGACAUGAAAGCCCUGUUCGAUCUGACUCUGAGCGAGGCAAACAUUCGUGGUAUUGCUUGCGGACUUUGCAAGAAAGCAAAACCACCCGUGAAGCCAGUCCGGUCUUCAGAAUGCCAACAUGUCUUUUGCCAGGGCUGUAUUCUCAAAGCCCUUGCCAGUGAAAAGGGAGGCCUGCAUAAAACCGGAGUUGCAUGUCCCAAGGACGACUGUGACAGCAACCUGGGUUAUGGCGAGACUUUUGACACAUUGGUCGAGGUUCAGGAUCGAGUGAAAGGUGAUGAUUCUUUCAAGGAGCCUGGGCGAGACAUCAACAAUGCCCGACCUCUUCGAAAGCCAAACGAGAACGGCUUCUUCAUUGCUUCAACUCAGGACGAAUAUCCAUUCCCACCAAGCUCAAAACUCACUACUGCGAUGGCUGUGUGUGCUCAGUGGUUGAUGGAAUCCCCCGACGACAAGAUUGUUGUUUUUACCCAGUUCAUCAUGACUGGAAAAGUCAUGGGCCGAAUGCUCGAAACUUUUGGUGUCAAGUUUGCCUACUAUUAUUCAAGUGGCUUCAGCGACAGUCAGCGAACCAGGUCGAUCAAAUCAUUCAAGACUGAUCCAGAUUGCAAAGUCCUGAUUGCUGGCCUGGGAUGCGGUGCUCAGUCGCUGAACCUGACUGUUGCCAACCGAGUGCUCAGUAUUGAGCCGUGGUGGAAUCGGACCCGAGAGCUGCAAGCUUUUGGCCGCGUCCACCGCAUGGGACAGGAAAAGGAAUGCACCUUCGUUCGCAUCAUGACUCAAAAAUUUAUUGAUAGCCGUAUCGAUGAGCUCCAGCAACAAAAACAAGAGAUCAUUGAUAGAGCACUACAGGAUGAUGGACAUGUUCCCACUCCGCUCAGCGACGUUCAGCUUCGCCAGCUGAUCGACCCGGAUAGUAGUCCAGAAACUCUGGAACAAGAAAUCAAGCAAGCUUUGGAAGAAGCUGGCAAGCUUGACGAGGGCGACGAAGACUAG